UCUCUCGCUUCUUCCGCGAUCCAACCCGACGACAUUGUACGCGACCACUUAAUGUAACUUUAAUUGUUUAAAAAGUUAAUAAAACGUAAUUUAAAUUCAAAAAGCGCAUUUGUUUUCUCCAUGCGCAAGUGGUCCUUCGAAAAAGUGAAAAAGUCGACCAGUGUUUCGAUAUUUCAGCAAAAGUGAGUUCGCGGCAAGUACGUCUGCGUGCUAGCCGGCCGUCUAUAACGGCUGGUAAAUUCGUCGUGGUUGUGCCUGGGCUGGCGCUGCUGGCCUGUAACUUCGUUCUAUCUAUAAUAGAACGAAAAUCGCACACGGAUGGGAGAGCAAAUCAUCAUCAAAAACCGCAAGUAACUCGGUAUAAGUCGAACUUUUCGACCACCGGCAUUCUCCAUUUUUCUAUACAAAGUGAAGUUUGUGCGAUCCGCAGCCAUCUUGCGGAACUUCGGAGCGGUUACUUGUCAUCUGUCAUUGGUGUCAUCUGUCACAUUGACAUUGACGUUCCAGACCAAAACAAAGUUUAUUAGUGUCUCGUGCGUUGUUUUUCAAGUGUUUGUGCAUUAAUUAUCAGUGAAAAAUGUCUACCGAAACGGAAACUUUAAAAAAACUACGAGUAAAGAGGUCUCAGUGUAAGGGAACAAUCACUAGAAUUGAGAAUUUUGUACAAGACCCCGUAAGUUUAGCUGCCGCGAGCGCCGACAUUCUUGAGGCGCGCAAGGAAAAGUUAAUUUCAACACUCAAAGAUUAUGAGAAGGUCCAGAUGGACAUACUAGGCAUCGAUGAAGGAGACAGCGAACAGGGCCACAACACAUUGCUGCACCAGGAGCGCAAUGUAAGUGUGGACAAGCCCACAAUUGUUGAUGUCAGUGCGCACCCACCAUCACCAGAUGCUGGGUUGCAUAAAAACUGAAAAUGGACCCGUAUUCCAGAAUACCAUAUUAGGAUAUAUUGUUGGAGGAAGUAUUCCUGAAAAAGGUAAUACAUGUAACAUUGUAACAAAUUUAGUUAAUAUAUCUGAUGGUGAAAAGUUGAUAAAUGUAAUGGAGCAAUUUUGGCUCUCUGAAAAACUUCCUGAAGUGGAAAAAUCCACAAAUGAUGAAUUUGGGAAGGCUGAAAAAAUAUUUCAGGAUUCUGUAUCAGUAAAAGACGAUAGAUUUUAUGUUGAUAUGCCUUUAGCUUUCCCGAUGGAAAACUUAAACUUGGGUGACUCAUUUUCGGUUGCCUAUAAUAGAUUCAUAAUGUUAGAAAAAAGGUUACAAAAAGAUCCUUUGCUGUUUGAACAAUAUAAAAAAUUUAUUGACCUAUAUCUGGAAUUAGGACAUGCAAGGACAGUUGAUAUUGAAAGUUAUGACUUAAAUGGUCCUGUGUUUUUUCUAGGACACCACUGCGUGUUUAAUCCCUCGAGUCGCACCUCACACCAUCGUGUGGUCUUUGACGGGUCAAUGAGAUCUAGAAAUGGGACAUCGUUGAAUCAAGUCAUGCUGAAUGGGCCUGUUGUACAGAGUGAGCUUUUUGAUAUUCUUAUUUUGUUCAGGACUUAUCCAUAUAUUUUAACAUGUGACAUUCAAAAAAUGUUUCGCAAUGUUUUUAUAAAUGAACAUCAACGCGGACUUCAAAACAUUUUAUGGCGCGAUUCGCCUAAAGACCCUAUCAACUGCUUGCAGCUCCAGACUGUUACAUACGGCUUGAAAUCAAGCACAUUUUUAGCUACAAGAGUUCUCAAUGAACUAGCAAAUAUGCAUAAGGAUCAGUUCCCUUUGGCCGCACAGGCAAUUUAUAAAAAUACAUUUGUUGAUGAUGUGCUGACUGGUGCUGAUGAUGUAGAGACGCUUCAGGAGCUGAAAAAUCAAAUUGUAGAGCUUCUAAAAUUAGGUAGUUUCUCAUUACAUAAAUGGUGCUCGAACGAUUCUUCAUUAAUAGCUGAUAUACCAGUUGAGCACAGACAAAUUGACAGUGUGGAGAUCGGUCAAAAUGACACUGUGAAGACUCUAGGUCUCACACUCCAAAUUAAUUCUGAUAAAUUGACUUUCUCUUGCCCUGCAAUUGAUGAAGCAACAAUGCUCAACACAAAAAGAAAAAUUCUCAGUUUUAUAGGGAAAAUGUUUGACCCACUUGGUUUAAUAGGCCCAGUAAUUGUGG